AUAUGUAUAUGUAUAUAUAUAUAUAUAUAUAAUUUUAUUAUUAUUAUUAUUUUUUUUUACUGAAACGGACAGACCUGUAAAAUUAUUUAAUUAAUAAAUGACACCUCGGCAGUAGAUGUGUCUGUUUAUAUCUCUGCCAAGUGCAUUAUUUGUUUCAAAAAUUUAAUUUGCCAUGAAUAACCAAACAAGGCAAACCUCUUGCUAUUUAUGAACUUCUUUCACAUUGUUAAUUAUGUUUAGUUCAUGUCAUCAGUAACGCUUACAUACUAGAAGUUUCUUUCUCACAGGUGCACUGAUGCUGUAAUCUGAGUAAAAGAUAUAUCAGGGCAAAAAUAUAAAGCUUUAAUUUUAGUCCGUGUUAAUUAAUGGUUUUGUUUCCGGAAGAGCGAAUGGUCUGUCUCUGCUGCUCCUGGGGCUCGACUGUUAAAGGCGAUAAAUCAGCUGGUUGUUUAAUUAAUGAGUCUCGCACCCGAGCCCGGAUAUGAAUGUGUGGAAUAAGAAGAGAAACCACGCUGAACAAUGACGUGCUUUCCAUAGUGUGUGUGUGCGCGCGCGCGCUAUUUUUAAUGUCAUUAUACGAAAAGCAGACAGACGGGGAGCGCAGAAGUAGCAGAGUCUGCAGCAUAUGAACUCCUCAAGAGUCUCCACUGGAACACAGUGAUAUAGAGUCAAGCACUGUUCGCACUUUUAACAACUUUGCGGAGCAAAAUAUAAUAUUAUCCACAGUGAUCAUGUCAGAAUCUGUACGGAAGAUGUUGAGGGCGAAACUGGUGGUGCUGGGAAGAGAUAACUGUGGGAAGACAGCUCUGUGUGUCAGAUUCAUCACCAGACGUUUCAUUGGAGAGUAUGAACAUAAAAGGGAGGUCACCUACAGAUGUCAGAAAAUUGUGGACAAGGAGGCGAUUGAGCUGGAGAUUUUAGACACUGUUAAUAAGGAAUGUGUAGGUCCUGCGGCGUCCUCUCUGGAGAGUUCCAUUAAAUGGGGUGAUGGGUUUCUCAUUAUGUACUCCGUGACGGACCGCAGCAGUUUUGAGGCUGUGUCGCGCCUGAAGAGACUGAUUGACCAUGUCAAAGAAACGCUUGGUAUUCCAGCAGUCAUCGUUGCCAACAAAUGUGACAUGGAGAACGGCCGUGUGGUGAGGACAGAUGAGGGACAGGCUUUAGCCUCAGACCUGAGGCGUUGCUGUGUGUUAAAGUCAGGGUUUGACUGGUGGUGCAGGUGCAGUUUCUUUGAGCUGUCUGUGGCAGAGGACUCUUCGGCAGUGGAGGCCGCGUGCGCGCAGCUCGUGCGUGAAGUGCGUCAGGAGUUCCAGCGCCACCUGCUGGCUAUGGACAAGCGCUCACGGAUGCUGCAGAUGAGACAUGCACUCAAAAACAAACUCACAAGGAGUAAAACCAUGCAGUGGUGACCAGAAAGAGUAAACGCAGUUCAGACAUGACUACCGUAGUGCUGUAUCCUGGCGUAACAAACCUUUCGGAAAACAAGUGCCUUAUGGAUUUCCAAAUAGUGUCAUGGACAUUGCUAUGUGUGUAUGACAGAAAACAUAAAGCAGCAAAAAGCUGUGUUUUUAAAUAUGCACUGGAUCCCUUAAAACUCUCCCUUUCAUUGUUUGGACAAACAGUAGUCUCACCUUAAACUUUUGUAACUGAAUGAACCAGAAGCUGACAUGUUGGACCAACAAACAGAACAAAGUUGAGAUUCUACAGUAAGCCAGCCUCUGUGUGCAUUAAACCGUUUUACUAUAAAGUAUUUCAAAAUUGAAAUGGAUCCAUUUGACCACUUGAGAUCAGUGUACCUCUUAUUUUGCAUCAAUUUCACUGUAAAUGACAUCAUUCCAGUGCAAUAAUCAUUCUGUAUUUAAAUAAAUUUUAUGUGUGAGAAGUCAUAAAUGUUUGUUUAUAGGCACUAAAUGUAUUCUGAUAGACUGCGCUUGUCUAGUGUGAUUUGUCAUAUUUAAAAUGGCAGAUGAUCUGUCUCUUCUGACUUGGUAUUCUGAUGCUCUUUUGAUCCAAUUUCAUUCUCACAUGCCUCUAUGAGAUUGAAAUGUCAUGAGGGAACAGAACCAAUUACAUGCUGUUUUUCUAUCUUCCACAGCUGUUUUUAGACUUUAGAUCCUGCCUUUGUGCACAGUCCACUCUGUGGAGUAAAAUGCUUUCAAAAUGUAUCAUAAUGCCAAACUUUGUAUUAUUAAUUGUGCAUGUAUUUGGUUAAAUGUACAUUAGUACGAAAGUGUUAAUAUCCAUUUGCUGCUUCAAUUUAAAACAGAUCUAGCAAGAAAAAAAAAGACUAUUUAAUUUACAAUUUUAUUUAGCAAAAAUGGUAAAAAUAAAUAAAUACAAAUUGAUCAAAUGCUCCAGUAAUAUCCAGCCUCCUCAACAGAAAGAAUUCAUGAAGUUAUAUAUUCAGAUAACUUACACAUGGACUUCUAUGAGAAAAGGUAAACAGACAUCAGGCAACACACAAGAUUAAGAAACGAAACAUACAAAAUGUAGAAAAGUAAAAUGAAACAAAAGAGCAAUACACAUCCCUUUUAAAAACUAAUAUGAAAGAAUCUAGACACUUUUUAUACAACAAAUCGAUGUAAAUUGUGUUCUUAAUUAAUAGUUAAGGACAUUAGAUUAAGCACUGAUUUGUUUUCACGUUGCAAUAAUCUAGCCUUGAUUUUUCUUGAGGGUUUCAUCAACCUGAAUGAGGUAACAGCAUGAGGUGUAAGAAUGUGAAUCUUCAUAUGCAUUAAUAUGCGCAUCUUGAAAACAUGAACAAAAGCCUGAGCUGAGCUCUCGGUAAACACUAUUAAUAUCUGAGGAGAUCAGAUUUCACACACUUCAGGACACAAUACCCAAUUCUCAUGUGUAGGGAACAUGAAUGAGGAGACACAGUAGAUUCUUAUUUAUCUCAUCAGAGUACAUCUGUCACAGAAGCACCGUCAGUCCUACUAAACACAUCUGGCCUCAGAAUUCUUGGCUCUAAAGGACGAGAGAUGACAUUUGCUAAUGUCACAUCUGAUCAGCAUUUAUGUAAGGGCUCUCAUCCCUUCUCUUUUUCUUCAAUACACUAGAAAACCUGACAUACCAUUAAACCACCCAACAGAAUGCAGCUUCUCUACAUGCCACUUUGGAAUUUUUCGCAAUUGUGAUGAAAUAUGUUUCCGUAUUAGCUUCUAUCAGACAAAAUGUGUGAAUGCUUCUGAUUGCUGAAAACCUUUUUGAAAAUGCAUAUGCGAUAUGAGGGGGCGGAUAUACCCAGAUCAUCAUACUGGGAUGGGACGUUUUUUCAUAAACGGUUUCAUAAAAAGGUGAACGAACAUACCAGCAAUGUAUUUCAUGUUUUGAUUUAAGACUCAAGCACUUUAGAGUGUAUUCUUAUGUGUAGUGGUCAGAUUCACUAUAGGCAGCGCAGGCACCGUCCUCACUAACACAACCUGAAUGAUCACACACUAGAUGAUAAAGAUUCUGUUUCCGAAAAGGGAAAAAUACGCACUCAUUUCGCUGACAACUGACUCUAGGACACCGACAAGUCAUAACACUACGAUGAAACAGCCUAACAUAGUCUAUAGAACUUAAGGCAACCAAUACACAGAGGCUACAGCAGGCCAGAGCUGCAUGUUUAGCAUUGAAAACACUCACAAACCUCAAAUGAAGAUAUAAUAAACACUGCAGAUAUUUCUGUCUUUUAUCAAAAGCGUUUGACACCACCGUGUUUCUGGAUUAUUUCUUGUGCUUGUUUUUUUUUUUUUUUUACACCAUGGAAGUGUCAUUUUGGCACAGGUGUUAAACUGGUCUGGUGUGUUUGUCUGUGCUUGUUUGUGUGCAGUCACACACUGAAAUAAACAGCGGUGAGAGAGCUCCGAUGCGGUAAAUAAUGCGCUAACAGAGGAGACACUGGUAGAAGUAGUUGCGCUAGGCACGAAUAACGUCUGCCGUGUUGUGCUUUUGGACAGGUUUACAGUGAACAGUGUAGUAAAGUGUGUUAAAACGAUACAGAACAGAAGCCCUUAAAUUGGCCCAUAAGCAAAACGUUACUGGCAUAGCGGUUUCAUGGGAUAUUUCUGACUGCAUGAUUCCACCCAAGUCGUUGGACAAGGCAUGAGACCCCUGCUACAGUUUUGGGGAAAUAAAAAAAUCCUCUGGAUGUGGAAAUGGAGCGAGAGUGAUGUGAGCGACAUCUCAGAUCAUUCCCUUCUGUGACGGCGCUUGAACCGCGCUCUCAGUAAAUCACAUCUGUUUAGUAGAUAAGGCAUGGUCAGAAUUUACCUCACAGACACUUCAGGACUGACACUACAAAUACUACACUACUACUCUUAAAUAUCUAUUUAAUGCUCAGAGUACUCGAAAAGAAGAGUUCCCUGUGGCAUCCAUUAUUUGGCAGAACUGAACUACGGAAUAUUAUCGUAAAAUUAUAAAUAAUGUGUAAAAAAUAGCAAAACAUAUUUACAGAAAUGUUAUUUUCUCGGUUUUUAAAAACACCACAAGAUAGACGAAUGCAAAUGAUACUAGUCAAACCUCCAGAAGAACGCCUGGAAGACCUGUAUUUCUGUCAGUGUGUGAUAAAGAACCUGUGUUUGCGCUCCAAGUUUACGUCCUGGAGACACAACAACUGAAAACUAGACGAAACAACUGCACCUCGGUAGUGUUUCACAGACAAAACGGACGCUGAACUCCUCAACACGUCGUAUCUUAUGUCUUAGAUCUGAGCUACAGGACCUGAUAGGAAGCUGCACUACUCAUCUAGCAGGACGAGACCUUCACCCCGAUCCAGCCUUCAGAAGCGUUCCCACUCAGAGGUGCUAUGGCAACUGUAUCAGGCACACAAUGGUGUGAUAACUUUAAAUUUUAUUACUCUUUUCUAUAUCAUUAUUCUUUGUAGAAAUCUUUUCGGUGUGCACACGUGAGCAUACACAUUGCUGGUACUUAAGGAACCUCCUUCCUGCAUGUAGUAAAUGGCACUAUGGAUUUUCUUUCCCUCAUAGAUACAAGAGAUGAAACAACAACACGAAUCAACAACACUGCUAACUGGCACGCUUUAGGCCCCAACUGCGGCAGGGUAGUCGAUGCUAUUUCACCCCC